AUGUUCUCGAAAUUCCAAGAUGCCCCUCGAUUCAAAGAUGCCCCUCGAGGAGUUGAACUUGUGAAGGCGAUGAUUGAGGGUGCGGCGACGCUACCGACUGAGCUACGCGGGCAAAGAGAAAGCGGAAUCCCAAUUGCAUACAUAAAGGCGAGGACGACAGGUUUCAAAAAACUCGGAGAUGUGGAAGAGAAACGUUGGUACCCUUGUCCAAAGGUCCCACAACGACAACUACCGUAA